CGACCAUCACAUCUGUACGGCUUCACGCCCUGAACCACCUCAAACAUGGCAGCGACAGGACCACAACCGAGAGAUAUCGACUAUGAGGCCAAGCUGGCUGAGUUCGACAAAAUUCCACUGUUUAUGAAGAGUUUGCCGGAGGAGGAUACGGAGGACGCAACGAUCGCGGCGCUGCAGGAUCUGGCGUAUGAGGGGACGCCGGAUGAGGUCGCACAAAACUUCAAGGAGCAAGGGAACGACUACUUCAAGGGCAAGCGGUGGCGCGAGGCGCUGGGCUUCUACACCCAAGCGAUCGACGCGAAGCCGACCGAUCCGGCAUUACAGGAGGCCCUGCUAUGCAAUCGCGCGGCAUGCAACCUUGAGCUAAAGAACUACGGCUCCGUUUUGAGGGAUUGUUCGAAGGCGAUCACCUUGAACCCUCGUUCGUCGAAGGCUUUCUAUCGAUCUGCGCUGGCACUCUUGGCGCUUGAGCGCGCGGAAGACGCGCUCGAUUGCUGCGACAGGGCCCUCGCGUUCGAUGCAAAUAAUCUGGCGAUGAAGGGGCUCCGCGAACGCGCCGUGAAGCUCAUCGAGCAGAAGGAAGCCAAGAAGCGUGCACAGCAGCAGAGGGAGAUGGAAAAGCUCCUGAUGCAAAAAGCACUGAGGGCCCGGAGCCUCUUCCUCUCCGGCGACAAGAGUGACGCCGAGCCUCAAUGGGACCCCGAAGACGCGACAAAAUCAAGCCUGCUGUUCCCUGUUUUCUUCCUUUACCCGCAGCACGCCCAGUCCGACUUCAUCAAGGAGUUCCACGAGGACACGCCCUUUAGCGCGCACCUCGAGGCUAUGUUCCCUCCCCAAGCUCCUCCCCCGGAGUGGGACAAGGCAGGGGAGUAUGUGACGGGCAAUCUGAACGUGUACGCGAUGACACGGGGGAAGCGGCUGCUGAAGGUGGGCAAGAACCACACGCUGCGGACGGUGUUCGAGGCGUCGCGGGCGAAGGAGGGGCAGCCGCGGGACGGGCUCGAGCUGAGGGACGGCUGCUUGAGCUUCGUGGUGCUGCCGAAGGGGGAGGUGGAGAAGAAGUGGAUAGAGGACUAUAAGAAGGCGAGAGAGCAAUAGAUCUGUGCUGGCGAGUGUUGUUCUGAGCUUGGGCACGUUGUUUUCGAGAGCUCACUGAGAUAUGCCUGCGACGUGUUGAUAGAUUCGGAGAAUGAGCACUUGUUCCUGGUAGAA